AUAACUUUCAAUUGCUACCGAAUUCACACUAAAAAACCAACGUUAAUUUGUACCACCACUUUCCUUGUGUUAGGGAAUAGGGACCCUCUCCCCACUACAAAAAAAAAAAGAAAAGAAGAAGGAACUUUACCGUUGCCAACUAUAUAUAUAGACCCACCAUUUUCACUCCUCAUUCAUGUUCACUCCUCUCUUCUCUACCUCCUUAACUCCUCUUCUCUUCUCUCUUUCCCAAUCAACCUAACCUUCAAUUUGAUCCGAAAACCAAUCACCAAACUAUGCCUUCCACUUAAUUCCCUCCCCUUUUCACCACAACUCCCAAACUUUCUCUCAACUCAGCAUGUUUAACUGAACUCCUCUGUUUUUCCCCUGCUUCCCUGCCUCUGUUUUUGACAUUUUACUCUGUUUUCCCCCUGCCUCAUUUCCCCUGUUUUUGGCAUUUUGUAUUGUGCUCAACACAAAUUGUUUAACUGAGCUCCUCUGUUUCUCCCCUGCCUCUCUUCCCCUGUUUUUAUCGACAUUUUCCAUUGUGGACAACACAAAAUGUCUUCAUCAAGCUUGUGCCAAGGCCUGCAAUCUUGUCUCGAGCCACGAGUGAUCGAACCACGUGUGCUGAGGCUCAAAUUGACUCCACCCUCCACCACCACCACCACCACCAACAACAAGGCUUCAUCUUCAUCCACCUCAGUCCAAGAAAACCCCCUCACCAACCAUGAAUGUGAUGACAAAAAGGACACAAACACAGUAGAAAACAUGGACGAACGUGGCUGGAGUUUCCUUCAAGCUCUCACAAAACCCACUUCUUCUAAUUGUAACAAAGAAGAGGAUGACAAAGUCUAUGUCCACCCCACUGUGAAGCGUUCCUCUUCAUUGCUCAGUGAAAAGAGCUUAGAAAUGUGCACUGAAAGCCUUGGAAGCGAGACUGGUAGCAAUGCUGGUGAAAGCUGCGAUGACAUUUCUCUGUUCUCACUGGAAAAUAACAUCACUACUACAACUACUACUACUACUACUACUAAUGGAACUGACUCAAAUUGGGUAUCUAGAAGAGUGAACAAGGCUUGCAACUUUCCACCACCACUGACUUCAAUCACUGAUUUUGGUGGGGUUCGUGUGAGGCCUCAUCGUGAAGGUGGUAGGCUCAUUUUGGAAGCUGUUGCUUCACCUUCACCACGCCCUUGUUUUCAUGCAGAGCGUGGUGAUGGCAGGCUCAGGCUGCACCUUUUUGAGGAGGAAGGUCUUUCUGAUGAUGGUGAUGAUGAUGAAGUUGUUGAUGAGGAAGAAGAAGUUGUUGAGGAAUGGAGUGAUGAUGAUGAUAUUAAUGAUGAUGAAAGUGAUGAUGAAGUGGAAGAAGAAAGUGAAACUGAAAUUGAAACAGAGAAGGAAGAAGAAGAAGAAGAAGAGUGUGGUGUUGAGAACGUGGAGGAUGAGAUGGGAGUGAAAAAGUUCAACAGACCAAGCAGGUGCAAGGAAAGUGGGAAUAGAGACAUUUUUGGUGAUGGCUACUUUGAGCUUCCCUCUCUGUCUCUCUGUCUCUGAGUAGAAUUUGUUUUUCUACUAUUAUAUGUCUCUCUCUCUAUGUUGUUUUCAUUUUUCUUUUAGUAUUUUAACCCUUAUGAUUGGAAGAUCAGUGCUUGAAAACUACUCAAUGUACUAAUGUGAGUUAGUUAUUAUAGUUAUCAGUUAUGUUGGACUUCGUCCUUCUA